ACAAUGUCCAUAUAAGAUACCCAGUGAUGCACAUCUCAUAUAGACAGCAGCCCAGACAUUCUGCAGACACAAGAAAAGUGGACUACAGCCUGAUUUACUGCUUUUGAUGGGGUGUCCACUGAUGCUGUGUCUGGCCACCCUUCUCUUCAUGAGUGGGGUGGCAACUAGACAAACUACAUAUAUGCCAACAGAUACAUCAACUACAUCAGCAGCACCAGGUUCAGCCUUGUUUCCAGUGGGACCUGGAGCGACACAACUUUUCCUCAGUGAUGGACAAUAUCAAACCAUUCAGCUGCAGCAACCAUUCAAGUAUGCUGGAAAAACAUACACUCAGUUCUAUCUGAGUAUGGACGGCUACGUGGCUUUCUUCGUUCCAAACAUCAAUGACGAAGUACCAAGCCGAUACCUCGGCAAAGACGUCAUCGCUCCAUUGUGGACAGAUCUGGAUGCUGAUAGUGGGGGAAGAUGGACCUAUGAGCAGGCCACAAGCGGACCUCUCAUAGAUCAGGCUAACCAAGAAAUUAGCAGGACGUUCUCUUAUGUGUCCUUUUCUGCUUCCUGGGUUUUUGUCGCCACUUGGGAAAAUGUACCUCUUGAAUUUUCUUCGUUCCUGGGCGCAUCACUUCAAGUCGUCUUGGCCUCAGAUGGUGGAGAUCUCUCUUUUGUGCUGAUGAACUAUGGGACCAUUCCUUCCAUUCCCUCUCCUUACUGGCUGGCUGGGUAUGACAUGGAGUACAACAAUUUUGUCACCAUUCCAGUAAACGAUACCACUGAGCUGUCAUCAUCUACUAACGUCAAUAUUCCUGGACGCUGGGCUUUUCAAUUUACAGAUACAUCAACUACAACAGCAGCACCAGGUUCAGCCUUGUUUCCAGUGGGACCUGGAGCGACACAACUUUUCCUCAGUGAUGGACAAUAUGAAACCAUUCAGCUGCAGCAACCAUUCAAGUAUGCUGGAAAAACAUACACUCAGUUCUAUCUGAGUAUGGACGGCUACGUGGCUUUCUUCGUUCCAAACAUCAAUGACGAAGUACCAAGCCGAUACCUCGGCAAAGAUGUUAUCGCUCCAUUGUGGACUGAUCUGGAUGCUGAUAGUGGGGGAAGAUGGACCUAUGAGCAGGCCACAAGCGGACCUCUCAUAGAUCAGGCUAACCAAGAAAUUAGCAGGACGUUCUCUUAUGUGUCCUUUUCUGCUUCCUGGGUUUUUGUCGCCACUUGGGAAAAUGUACCUCUUGAAUUUUCUUCGUUCCUGGGGGCAUCACUUCAAGUCGUCUUGGCCUCAGAUGGUGGAGAUCUCUCUUUUGUGCUGAUGAACUAUGGGACCAUUCCUUCCAUUCCCUCUCCUUUCUGGCUGGCUGGGUAUGACAUGGAGUACAACAAUUUUGUCACCAUUCCAGUAAACGAUACCACUGAGCUGUCAUCAUCUACUAACGUCAAUAUUCCUGGACGCUGGGCUUUUCAAUUUACAGAUACAUCAACUACAACAGCAGCACCAGGUUCAGCCUUGUUUCCAGUGGGACCUGGAGCGACACAACUUUUCCUCAGUGAUGGACAAUAUGAAACCAUUCAGCUGCAGCAACCAUUCAAGUAUGCUGGAAAAACAUACACUCAGUUCUAUCUGAGUAUGGACGGCUACGUGGCUUUCUUCGUUCCAAACAUCAAUGACGAAGUACCAAACCGAUACCUCGGCAAAGACGUCAUCGCUCCAUUGUGGACAGAUCUGGAUGCUGAUAGUGGGGGAAGAUGGACCUAUGAGCAGGCCACAAGCGGACCUCUCAUAGAUCAGGCUAACCAAGAAAUUAGCAGGACGUUCUCUUAUGUGUCCUUUUCUGCUUCCUGGGUUUUUGUCGCCACUUGGGAAAAUGUACCUCUUGAAUUUUCUUCGUUCCUGGGCGCAUCACUUCAAGUCGUCUUGGCCUCAGAUGGUGGAGAUCUCUCUUUUGUGCUGAUGAACUAUGGGACCAUUCCUUCCAUUCCCUCUCCUUACUGGCUGGCUGGGUACGACAUGGAGUACAACAAUUUUGUCACCAUUCCAGUAAACGAUACCACUGAGCUGUCAUCAUCUAGUAACGUCAAUAUUCCUGGACGCUGGGCUUUUCAAUUUACAGAUACAUCAACUACAACAGCAGCACCAGGUUCAGCCUUGUUUCCAGUGGGACCUGGAGCGACACAACUUUUCCUCAGUGAUGGACAAUAUCAAACCAUUCAGCUGCAGCAACCAUUCAAGUAUGCUGGAAAAACAUACACUCAGUUCUAUUUGAGUAUGGACGGCUAUGUGGCUUUCUUCGUUCCAAACAUCAAUGACGAAGUACCAAGCCGAUACCUCGGCAAAGAUGUUAUCGCUCCAUUGUGGACUGAUCUGGAUGCUGAUAGUGGGGGAAGAUGGACCUAUGAGCAGGCCACAAGCGGACCUCUCAUAGAUCAGGCUAACCAAGAAAUUAGCAGGACGUUCUCUUAUGUGUCCUUUUCUGCUUCCUGGGUUUUUGUCGCCACUUGGGAAAAUGUACCUCUUGAAUUUUCUUCGUUCCUGGGGGCAUCACUUCAAGUCGUCUUGGCCUCAGAUGGUGGAGAUCUCUCUUUUGUGCUGAUGAACUAUGGGACCAUUCCUUCCAUUCCCUCUCCUUUCUGGCUGGCUGGGUAUGACAUGGAGUACAACAAUUUUGUCACCAUUCCAGUAAACGAUACCACUGAGCUGUCAUCAUCUAGUAACGUCAAUAUUCCUGGACGCUGGGCUUUUCAAUUUACAGAUACAUCAACUACAACAGCAGCACCAGGUUCAGCCUUGUUUCCAGUGGGACCUGGAGCGACACAACUUUUCCUCAGUGAUGGACAAUAUCAAACCAUUCAGCUGCAGCAACCAUUCAAGUAUGCUGGAAAAACAUACACUCAGUUCUAUUUGAGUAUGGACGGCUACGUGGCUUUCUUCGUUCCAAACAUCAAUGACGAAGUACCAAACCGAUACCUCGGCAAAGACGUCAUCGCUCCAUUGUGGACAGAUCUGGAUGCUGAUAGUGGGGGAAGAUGGACCUAUGAGCAGGCCACAAGCGGACCUCUCAUAGAUCAGGCUAACCAAGAAAUUAGCAGGACGUUCUCUUAUGUGUCCUUUUCUGCUUCCUGGGUUUUUGUCGCCACUUGGGAAAAUGUACCUCUUGAAUUUUCUUCGUUCCUGGGCGCAUCACUUCAAGUCGCCUUGGCCUCAGAUGGUGGAGAUCUCUCUUUUGUGCUGAUGAACUAUGGGACCAUUCCUUCCAUUCCCUCUCCUUACUGGCUGGCUGGGUAUGACAUGGAGUACAACAAUUUUGUCACCAUUCCAGUAAACGAUACAACUGAGCUGUCAUCAUCUACUAACGUCAAUAUUCCUGGACGCUGGGCUUUUCAAUUUACAGCUUCAACAACAACUCCAGCAACAACCACACUAGCACCCUGUCAGAUCUUGAAUUGUGCUUGGGAUGAAGUCUGUAGGCAAAUAAAUGGAGUUUAUGGCUGUGCCUGUGGGUACAUUACAACGAGCAGCCCGAAUAUUUAUGAUGCCAUUGAAACAUGCUCAGGUAGUACUGGAUCACUGUCUCUGUCUCGCUGUCAGCUCUUUGAAGCUGGAUAUUCUGCAGAUGUUCUACACCUGAAUGAUCAAAUCUGCAAAGGGGAGAUCCAAAACAACAGGCUGGUCUUCAAAUUUGACAGUAAUGCUAACAUGUGUGGCACAACUCUGGAGAAUAAUGCCACACACAUCAUCUUCAAGAACAGUGUUGGGUCACCUAACACGACAGGUAUAAUCAGUCGUAGUGGUGGAAUCAACAUCACCUUUUCUUGUGUGUAUCCAAUCAUCCAGAGCAUCUCCAUGCCCACGGACAUGGAAGCCAAAGGAGGUGUAAUCAGCAAGCAACUGUCCACUGAGGGCACAUACCAGAUCCUCAUGAAACCGUAUACUGACUCUUCAUUCUUGGUUCCAUACUCUGGCAAUGUGACCCUAGAAGUGAACCAUCAGAUGUAUAUAGCGGUGGAAGUGGAUCAGUUUGACAGCACUCAGAUCGCUCUUGUGCUGGACAACUGCUGGGCCACACCAGUCAACCAGACUGACUAUUCUGUCCGCUGGGACCUGAUUAUUAAUGAGUGUCCAAACCCCAAUGAUGGCACGGUGUCCGUGUUGCAGAACGGUGUCUCCACAUCCAGCCACUUCUCUUUCAGGAUGUUCACAUUCACUGGCUUCUCCGCCAAGAUCUACCUGCACUGCCAGGUCCACCUCUGUUUGCAGAAGACAAGCAACUGUGCACUGCCGUGCCCUCUACAACGUUCCAGAAGACGCCGAUCUGUAGAUUUCUACGACUCAGCUGCCAUUACUAUGAAAUUCUGAUUUUUUAGCUUUAAACGUAGUGCUUUUAAUUCUUUUAAUCUCUAUUUUGUGUUUAAGAAUUAUUUAAUUAAUUAAUUACUGAUUUAAUCAUGUAUGAAAAUUAUAUAAUUUUUCAUCCACAUUUUAAGUGAUUGUAUUCCUCUGUACUUACCUUAAUCAGUCAAAAUAAAUCUUUCAAGCAUU